AUGCCUUCUCAGAAGGAACGCACAAAGAAGAGCCUCACACAGAGGCUGACCCUGAAGAGCCGUGUAGCUAAGGAGACAGUCUCUGAGUUCCUGGGCACCUUUAUAAUGAUUGUCCUUGGAUGUGGCUCUGUUGCCCAAGCAGUCCUCAGCAGAGGACAUCUUGGUGGAAUUGUCACUAUCAAUAUUGGAUUUGCAUCAGCAGUUGUGAUGGCUAUUUAUGUCACUGGCGGUGUCUCUGGAGGCCACAUCAACCCAGCUGUGUCUUUUGCAAUGUGUGUCUUUGGAAGGAUGGAGUGGUUCAAGUUCCCCUUUUAUGUGGGAGCCCAGUUUUUAGGAGCCUUUGUGGGGGCUGCAACUGUCUUUGGCGUUUACUAUGAUGGAUUCAUGGCCUUUGCUGAUGGAAAAUUGCUCAUCGUGGGAGAAAAUGCAACAGCGUUCAUUUUUGCAACAUACCCAGCUCCAUUCAUAUCCCUGACAAAUGCCUUUGUAGACCAAGUGCUGUCUACCAUGUUCCUCCUUCUGAUUGUCUUUGCCAUUUUUGACUCCAGAAACAUGGGGGUCCCCAGGGGCUUAGAGCCCGUUGUCAUUGGCCUCCUGAUCAUCGCCCUUUCUUGUUCUCUGGGCCUCAACACUGGCUGUGCCAUGAACCCCGCUCGAGACCUGAGCCCCAGAUUCUUCACUGCUCUGGCGGGAUGGGGGUUUGAGGUCUUCACAGUUGGAAAUAACUUCUGGUGGAUUCCGGUUGUGGGGCCUAUGGUUGGCGCUUUUUUUGGAGGCCUCUUCUACAUUCUUUUUAUCCAAAUGCAUCAUUCAUCCCCCAACUCAGAAGUGAAUGCAGAGCCAUCAGAGAACAAGCUGGAGAAAUGUGAACUCAGUGUCAUCAUGUAG